AUGUCGUCGGCCCUCAACGCGAUCAAGCUCCGUCGCAAGAAAAAUGUCAAGAAGGGUAUCCAAUUCUGUCUGAUGGUCUGUGGUGCCAGCGGAACUGGACGUACCACCUUUGUCAACACUCUCUGCGGAAAGCAGGUCCUUGAAGGAAAGGAUGCCGAUGAUGCGGCCAAUGCUCACAUCGAGGAGGGUGUCCGCAUCAAGCCCGUGACGGUCGAGCUCGAAUUGGACGACGAAGGAACCCGAAUCUCCCUCACCAUCGUUGAUACCCCCGGUUUCGGUGACCAGAUCGAUAACGAAGCAAGCUUUGGGGAGAUUGUGGGAUACCUCGAGCGCCAAUAUGACGAUAUCUUGGCCGAAGAAUCGCGAAUCAAGCGUAACCCUCGCUUCCGGGACAACCGUGUCCACGUCCUCCUCUACUUCAUCACACCCACCGGCCAUGGCCUGCGGGAGCUCGAUAUCGAACUGAUGAAGCGCCUCUCGCCCCGUGUCAAUGUCAUCCCCGUCAUCGGCAAGGCCGACUCCCUCACCCCCGCCGAACUGGCCGAGUCGAAGAAGCUGAUCAUGGAGGACAUUGAGCACUACCGCAUCCCCGUCUACAACUUCCCCUACGACAUCGAGGAGGACGACGAGGAUACGGUGGAGGAGAAUGCGGAGCUGCGUGGGCUGAUGCCCUUCGCCAUCGUGGGCUCGGAUGACUUCGUGGAGAUCGAUGGCCGCAAAGUACGAGCCAGACAGUACCCCUGGGGUGUGGUGGAGGUGGAAAACCCUCGGCACUCCGACUUCCUGGCCAUUCGCAGCGCCCUGCUCCACAGCCAUCUGGCCGAUCUGAAGGAGAUCACCCACGAUUUCCUCUACGAAAACUACCGUACCGAGAAGCUCAGCAAGAGCGUGGACGGAACCUCUUCUCGCACCCAGGAUUCGUCGAUGAACCCCGAGGACCUCGCCUCGCAGUCCGUCCGGUUGAAGGAAGAGCAGCUCCGUCGUGAAGAGGAGAAGCUCCGUGAGAUCGAGCUCAAGGUGCAGCGUGAGAUUGCCGAGAAGCGCCAGGAACUGCUGGCUCGUGAGAGCCAACUGAGGGAGAUCGAGGCUCGUAUGACACGCGAAGCGAGCGGUCAAGUCGAUGGCGCGAAUGGAGAUGCUUAA